GACUCACGGCAUUUAUAUGUUCUAUGUGCAAGGACUGGAGAACAUUCAGCGAACACUUGAUUUAACGCACAUCCCAACUAUUAGUAAACGAAUCACGGUACACUUUAGAAUCUUUAAACAACAAAAGCAAAGCAAAAACAAUGUUUUCCUUAAGAUAUGCAAAUUACCUGCUUCUUUAAAAAAAAAAAAAAAAAGUUCAGGAGAAAAGCAGGCAAACAAAAAUCUUACUUGGAAAGCCAAAUCUUAAAAAGAAGCCCUAUCGGCGCAGCGACGAAAGGCGAAAACCUCAAUGUCACCCGGUCCCGGGCGGCGACGGCAGGGAGAGGAGCUGCGACAAUCACUGCGCUCGCGGCCAGCUGCGGCGCCUGACUCCGAGCUCCGCGGGCGUCCGGGUGGACAGAGCUAGGGGCACAGGGCUGACACCUCAGACCUAAUUCCCUCCUCGAGCGCGAACAUCCAGGCUUAAGCUGCCGCAGGGUGUGAGUCUCCCCUCCCCCCUCCAAACGCCGCAGAUGUACGGGGCAUAGCCGCCUUCGGGGACGUGCAGCCACACCCCAUCCUGACGAGGCUGCUCUCGACCGCUACUGGAGUGGUGGGGAGGGUGACUGGACUCCAGGAAUCCUCGGAAGGGCGGGGGCGGAGGCAGGGGGCCCCUCUAGCCGCGACUUCGAAACAGCACUCCUUGUUCUCGAUGGUCCCCGCGCGACCGUCUUAGCGCACGACACUUCCGGUUCCUUUUAAAGGCCCUCCACGCUGCGCGACGCUGAGCGUGAGAGGAAGGUAUAAAGGGGAGUGAGAGGGCCGGACCGAGGAGGAAGGGGAAAAAAACCUAGGGGAAGGGGGCGGUGGGGGAGGCGCGAAGGGCGCGCUCUCGCGUCACGUGACCGGGACGCGCCGUUCUUCCGUCGGCCAUUUUAGGUGGUCCGCGGCGGCGCCAUUAAAGCGAGGAGGAGGCAAGAGCGGCCGCCGCUGGUGCUUAUUCUUUUUCAGUGCAGCGGAAGAGAGCGGGAGUGUGCGCCGCGCGAGAGUGGGAGGCGAAGGGGGCAGGCCAGGGAGAGGCGCAGGAGCCUUUGCAGCCACGCGCGCGCCUUCCCUGUCUUGUGUGCUUCGCGAGGGUAGACCGGGCGCGCGGCAGCGGCGGGGAUUACUUUGCUGCUAGUUUCGGUUCGCGGCAGCGGCGGGUGUAGUCUCGGCGGCAGCGGCGGAGACACUAGCACUAUGUCGGAGGAGCAGUUCGGCGGGGACGGGGCGGCGGCGGCGGCAACGGCGGCGGUAGGCGGCUUGGCGGGCGAGCAGGAGGGAGCCAUGGUGGCGGCGGCACAGGGGGCAGCGGCGGCGGCGGGAAGCGGAGCCGGGACCGGAGGCGGAACCGCGUCUGGAGGCACCGAAGGGGGCAGCGCCGAGUCGGAGGGGGCGAAGAUCGACGCCAGUAAGAACGAGGAAGAUGAAGGCCAUUCAAACUCCUCCCCACGACACACUGAAGCAGCGACGGCACAGCGGGAAGAAUGGAAAAUGUUUAUAGGAGGCCUUAGCUGGGACACUACAAAGAAAGAUCUGAAGGACUACUUUUCCAAAUUUGGUGAAGUUGUAGACUGCACUCUGAAGUUAGAUCCUAUCACAGGGCGAUCAAGGGGUUUUGGCUUUGUGCUAUUUAAAGAAUCGGAGAGUGUAGAUAAGGUUAUGGAUCAGAAAGAACAUAAAUUGAAUGGGAAGGUGAUUGAUCCUAAAAGGGCCAAAGCCAUGAAAACAAAAGAGCCGGUUAAAAAAAUUUUUGUUGGUGGCCUUUCUCCAGAUACACCUGAAGAGAAAAUAAGGGAGUACUUUGGUGGUUUUGGUGAGGUGGAAUCCAUAGAGCUCCCCAUGGACAACAAGACCAAUAAGAGGCGUGGCUUCUGCUUUAUUACCUUUAAGGAAGAAGAACCAGUGAAGAAGAUAAUGGAAAAGAAAUACCACAAUGUUGGUCUUAGUAAAUGUGAAAUAAAAGUAGCCAUGUCGAAGGAACAGUAUCAGCAACAGCAACAGUGGGGAUCUAGAGGAGGAUUUGCAGGAAGAGCUCGUGGAAGAGGUGGUGGCCCCAGUCAAAACUGGAACCAGGGAUAUAGUAACUAUUGGAAUCAAGGCUAUGGCAACUAUGGAUAUAACAGCCAAGGUUACGGUGGUUAUGGAGGAUAUGACUACACUGGUUACAACAACUACUAUGGAUAUGGUGAUUAUAGCAACCAGCAGAGUGGUUAUGGGAAGGUAUCCAGGCGAGGUGGUCAUCAAAAUAGCUACAAACCAUACUAAAUUAUUCCAUUUGCAACUUAUCCCCAACAGGUGGUGAAGCAGUAUUUUCCAAUUUGAAGAUUCAUUUGAAGGUGGCUCCUGCCACCUGCUAAUAGCAGUUCAAACUAAAUUUUUUGUAUCAAGUCCCCGAAUGGAAGUAUGACGUUGGGUCCCUCUGAAGUUUAAUUCUGAGUUCUCAUUAAAAGAAAUUUGCUUUCAUUGUUUUAUUUCUUAAUUGCUAUGCUUCAGAAUCAAUUUGUGUUUUAUGCCCUUCCCCCCAGUAUUGUAGAGCAAGUCUUGUGUUAAAAGCCCAGUGUGACAGUGUCAUGAUGUAGUAGUGUCUUACUGGUUUUUUAAUAAAUCCUUUUGUAUAAAAAUGUAUUGGCUCUUUUAUCAUCAGAAUAGGAAAAAUUGAGGAAUACUAAAAAUUGUCAUGGAUUCAGGUUACUAAAACAGGCUUGUGGAAAUUGAAGACAAGAUUAAAAUUGCAGUGAAGUUUUAAAUGUUUUUAGCAAAAUUGAAUUUUUGCCACCAUGUGUCCUCCCUGUCCAAAUUGGGAAUGACUUAAUGUCAAUUUGUUUGUUGGUUGUUUUAAUAAUACUUCCUUAUGUAGCCACUAAGAUUUAUAUGAAUAUUUUCCCAAAUGCCCAGUUUUUGCUUAAUAUGUAUUGUGUUUUUUAGAACAAUUCUGGAUAAACGUGCAAAAGUACCCCUUUGCACAGAUAGUUAAUGUUUUGUGCUUCCAUUAAAUAAAAAGCGAGGACUUAAGAAAAUCUGUUAAUUAUAAUAGAAAUGCAGCUAGUUCAGAGAGAUUUUUAGAGCUGUGGUGGACUUCAUAGAUGAAUUCAAGUGUUGAGGGAGGAUUAAAGAAAUAUAUACCAUG